CUAUUGAUCCUGAGGAGCUGUUCAGGAAGAUCUUUGGGGAGUUUUCACAUUCCCCUUUUGGGGACUUCAGUGCUGUCUUUGACCAACCUCAGGAGUACCUAAUGGACCUGACAUUCACCCAGGCUGCAAAGGGCGUCAACAAGGAGAUUGUGGUGCAGAUCAACGACACGUGCCAGCGCUGUGAUGGCAGAGGGCAUGAACCGGGCACCAAAGUAGUGCAUUGCUCCUAUUGCAACGGGACCGGCACAGAGACGAUCAACACGGGCCCUUUCGUCAUGCGUUCAACGUGUCGGAGGUGUGGUGGGCGAGGCUCGGUUGUAACUAACCCGUGUGUGAUGUGUCGUGGCUCUGGCCAAACCAAACAGAAAAAGACUGUGAUGGUCCCAGUUCCAGCAGGUGUGGAGGACGGGCAGACCGUGCGAAUGCCUGUCGGAAGGAAAGAAAUUUUCAUUACCUUCAGGGUCCAGAAGAGCUCUGUGUUCCGGAGGGAUGGUGCAGAUAUCCACUCGGACCUCUGUGUCUCCGUAGCACAGGCUGUUCUGGGAGGUACAGCGAGGUCGCCAGGCCUGUAUGAGACGAUCAGCGUUAUGAUCCCCCCUGGUGUUCAGGCUGACCAGAAGAUUCGAAUGAGUGGGAAGGGCAUUCCCAGAGUUAACAGUUAUGGUUAUGGAGACCACUACAUUCACAUCAAGAUCAAAGUUCCCAAGAGGCUGACUGAUCGCCAGCGAGCCUUGAUGCUGAGCUAUGCCGAAGAUGAAACUGAUGUGGAAGGGACUGUGAAUGGCAUUGCCAACACGACGACCGGAAAGCGUUCUGCUGAAAACUAGAUGACUGGGAAGCAGCAGUCUGGAAGGUGUGAUGCUGGAGAUUUUGGAACCCAGGACAGACACAUCUUGAAGGUGCAUAGCCUGAGGGUUACCUUGAAGGAAGGAGGCCACUGCCUCUAGAUGUUAGACUGCAGAAUUGUCAGCCAUAAGAACCGUGGAAGGUUCUUGGGCUUCCUGGACUUGCUUCUCUUCUGGACAGAGGCAGACUGCUGGGGGGGAGACCUGAAGAGCAGAAAUAAAGUGUACCUUUCGCCGAA